AUGAAGGAGGGCGAGCUAGCGACAUCCGUUCUGUCAGCUCGUAAUAAGUCGAGCAGAGUCAGGACGGCGGCGGCAAAGACGUCGGCGCAGCAGGCGGAGGUGGCGAAGACGGCGGCGACGGCGGAGGCGACGGCGGUGGCAGCGGAGGCGGAGGCGACGGAGGCGAUGGCGGGGGCGGCGUCGGCGGCGGCGGCGCCGAUGGCGGCGGCGGCGACGGCGGCGGCGAUGGCGGCGGCGGUCUGGGCGGCGGCGGCGACGGUGGUGGCGGGCUUGGAGGCGGCGGCGACGGUGACGACGGGCUGGGCGGCGGCGGGGAGGGCGCAUGCGGACUUGGAGGCGGAGAGCUCGGAGGCGGCGGCGAGGGCGGCGGCGGCGAGGGUGGUGGUGGGGAUGGCGGCGAAGGGCUGGGAGGUGGCGGCGACGGCGGUGGAGGCGGACUUGGCGGCGGCGGCGACGGAGGGGGUGGUGAGGGCGGCGGAGGAGAAGGCGGAGGCGGGCUUGGAGGCGGCGGCGAGGGCGGCGGCGGGCUGGGUGGCGGCGAGGGCGGAGGCGGCGGCGAGGGCGGCGGCGGGCUCGGCGGAGGCGGCGAGGGCGGUGGUGGGCUGGGCGGAGGCGGCGAGGGCGGUGGCGACGGAGGCGGCGGCGAGGGCGGGGGAGGCGAGGGCGGCGGUGGAGACGGAGGCGGGCUCGGAGGCGGCGGGCUCGGUGGUGGGGGUGAGGGCGGUGGUGGGCUUGGGGGAGGCGGCGAGGGCGGCGGCGAGGGCGGCGGCGGCGACGGUGGCGGGGGGCUGGGAGGCGGUGGCGAUGGCGGCGGCGGGCUCGGGGGGGGUGGGCUCGGGGGCGGUGGACUCGGAGGCGGUGGCGAGGGCGGUGGAGGCGAUGGAGGUGGCGGGCUGGGCGGGGGUGGGCUCGGAGGCGGCGGCGUCGGGGGCGGCGGCGAUGGCGGCGGCGGGCUGGGCGGCGGAGGCGGCGGUGGUGGCGGUCUUGGAGGCGGCGGCGUCGGUGGCGGCGGGCUGGGCGGCGGCGGGGUGGGCGGCGGCGGCCUUGGUGGCGGCGGGCUCGGUGGCGGCGGCGUGGGCGGCGGCGGCGUGGGUGGUGGUGGUGCUGGCGGCGGUGGGCUGGGCGGCGGCGGCGUGGGAGGAGGCGGUCUUGGCGGUGGCGGCGACGGUGGGGGUGGUGUGGGCGGCGGAGGAGAAGGCGGUGGCGGGCUUGGCGGCGGCGGCGUGGGCGGCGGCGUGGGCGGCGGCGGCGUGGGCGGCGGCGGCGAGGGCGGCGCCGCCGCGGGCGGCGGUGGGCUGGGUGGCGGCGUGGGCGGCGGGGGCGUGGGCGGCGGUGGCGCGGGCGGCGGCGGGCUUGGCGGUGGCGGCGUGGGCGGCGGCGUGGGCGGCGGCGGGAUCGGGGGCG